UGGCGCGGCUGCUGCGGGGGGAGGGCGGCGCCUGAGAUGUCGCGACACAGCGGGGUGGGCGUGUCGGGACAUGGCGCCCCCCCAGCCCCCGUUUUGUGACCACCCCCCCCCUCAAAAAACACUUGGAAAGCGCAAAAUCCGUGUCCGGCUCUGUGAGGGGGGGUCUGAGGGUAUCUCUGUGGGGCUGGGGGCUCCCAUAGGGCCGGGGGUGUCCCUUGGGGUCUGGGGAGGGGUCCCAGUACACGAGGAGGGGGCUUAAACCCCCCCCGACCCCAAACCUCCCACUUCCGCCAUAUUUCCUCCCCCAUGGGCGCCGCCAUCUUUGUUUCCUCCAACAUGGCGCUUCCGGCGCGCUUUGACGUCACUUCCGCACUCCCAAUUUUCUCCCCCCCCAUCUAAAAUGGCGGCUCCCGUUCGGGUCCGGGUCCCUCCCGGGGCUCCCCCGGAGCCGCUCCCGGUUCAGCUCCUGCCCUGCCGGAUCCAGCACGACGGGCCCGCCCCUGUGGCCGCGUUCCUGCGGGCCCGGCCCGGCCCGGACGGCGAUCUCUGGGCCUCGUUCCGGGGGCGCCGUUUGGGGGGUCGGGAGCUGCCGCUGCCCCCCGGCUACACGGGGGCGGUGCUCAGGGGGGGGGAGCCCGGAGAGCCCCCCCGGGGCGACCCCCAGGCCGCCUCGGUGACAGUGACCGGGACGUUCGGGGCCAUCACGGACUGGGGGUGACAGCGCCCCCCCCCCCGGGCGGGGCCUGGCCCGGGCGCUGCAGUGGGGACCCCUGGCCCAGGCCCUCCACGCCCCCGUGACCGAGGACAUCGAGGAGGAGGCGGAGCCAUGACAGGCCACGCCCAGAGGGGGGUGGAGCCUGUACAAGCCACACCUCUCUCCAUGGCAUCAACGAACCAACUGGAGCCACGCCCACAACAGAAAGAGCCUUAAAACCACACCCACCUCAUUACCAGCAUUGGCCACACCCAGUGGGCGGGGCUUAUUUUAACUCAGAGUGCCUGGAGCUCCUCCCAGUGUGGGUGGAACCACUGGAAGCUCCACCUACUUUAUUUAAAAACCAAAUACGUUCAUAGGAGACUGCCCACAAAUGAAGCCACUCCCGCAAUGGGCGGAGCCUCCAAAAGCCACACCCACCUCCAAUGCCGCACCCCCAGUUGGUGGAGCCUCCCAAAGCCACACCCACACACAAUACCAUGCCCACAAUGGGAGGAGCCUCACAAAGCCACACCCACAGCAGGUGGAGCAUUCCAAAGCCACACCUACACAUGAUGCCACUCCCACUGUGGGUGGAGACUCCCAAAGCCACUCCCACAGUGGGUGUGGCCUGAUAAGACCCCGCCCCUUUCAUGGUCAAUAAAGGAUUUGCAGCGCCAGGCGUGGGCGGGGCCAGGUGCUGUUUAAUGAGCGACUCCAGGUAAUGAGGGGGGCGUGGCCUGUCAGGGUGUGGCCCGGGGGCGUGGCCAGGCUUGGCAGGGCGCUUCCUGGGUGUGACGUGCCCUGGGUGUGGCCCAGCAGGGUGUGGCCUGCCGGGGCGCGAUCCCGGUGGGUGUGGCCUGCCGGGGCAUGGCCCGGGGGGCGUGGCCUCACCAUUUCCCGCGCUUGCUCCAGUCCUUGGGGGUGAAGUGCAGGCACUUGGCGUCGAUGCGCAGCAAACGCUUGAGCAUGGCGCGCUCGUGGCCCUCGACGAUGUCCUCGGAC